UGGAGGCCGAUACAGCUUCAGUGGAGGAAGUCCAAGUAUACCUUUAUUUCUGGUUUAUGUUUGUUCUGUUUAAAGACAAACUUGAUCGAUAUCAUUGUAUGUUAUAUCAUCUAUCUAUACCAUCAGUUUAUUAAAUAUUAAAAUUAUAUAUUUUACGUAUAUUUUAGACUGCUUUAAUCGGAAGACACGGCUAGCUAGUUUACAGCUUGUUUGUUUUUAUGCAAGUCAAAAUCUGUCAAAGACCUUGAAACAGCUCCUGUUCCGAUAUACAGACAAUAAAAUUGCUUUUCUCUGUGUGUAAUUGAUAUCCAGAUUAAUCUGAUAUUGAGCAAGAUAAAGUACAGUUUCUCACCCAGUUCUAUGCUGGGCUGUAAACAGAAGGAUGGAGGCCAGUGGCAGACCCUCCACAGCACAGAUUGUUUUGCUGGCCACCAGUUCAGCUCUGACUGCGGUAUUAUACAACAUAUACAAGAGGAAGGCAAGCCAUGUCACUAGAUUAAGGGAGGCUAAGAAGAUACCAUUAAACCCAGAUCUCCAAACUAUCAUCAGUGAAGCACCAGGAAAAUGUGUUCCUUAUGCAGUUAUUGAAGGUGUAGUGCGGUCAGUGAAGGAGACAUUGAACAGCCAGUUUGUUGACAACUGCAAAGGGGUCAUCGAGAGGUUGACCUUGAAAGAGAAAAAGAUGGUGUGGAAUCGCACAACACAUCUCUGGAAUGAUUGCGAAAAGGUCAUCCACCAACGAACCAACACUGUCCCCUUUGACCUUGCCCCACACGAUGACACUGUUCCCACAACCGUGCGUGUGGUCCGUCCACUCGAUGCAGCUGAACUAGACCUUGAGACCACCUAUGAGAACUUUCACCCCAGCAAGCAGUCUCUGACCAACGUCAUCAGCCACUUUAUCAGCGGCGAGCGCCCGCAGGGCAUCCAAGAGACAGAAGAGAUGCUGCGUCUAGGUGCCAGCAUGACGGGUGUGGGUGAGCUGGUGCUAGACAACAACCUGGUCCGUCUUCAGCCCCCCAAGCAGGGCUUGAAAUAUUUUCUCAGCCAUUUAGACUACGACGCACUCCUGAGUAAGCAGGAGAGUCACCUGAGGCUGUGGAGAGUCUUUACAGUGCUGUUUGGUUUAGCCGCCUGUGCCACACUAUUCUACAUACUGUGGAAGCAGUAUCUACGGCGUAAGAAGAAAAGUAAAGAGCGUACUCUACUGGACGAGUACAGGAAGUGGCAGAGCAGACGAAUCCAGGAGCUUAACCUGGCAGAGGAUGAUGUGUCACCUAAUAUGUGCACAAUAUGCCUGAGUAAUGAGCGCUCAUGUGUGUUCCUAGAAUGUGGCCAUGUAUGUACCUGUGAGGAUUGCUACAAGGCUCUGCCCAAACCUAAGAAAUGUCCCAUUUGUAGGGCUAGGAUAGACAGGAUUGUCCCUCUGUAUAACAGCUAAAGGCCUUACUAUGAAUAUUGUAUGAUCUUACUUUGAAAUGUGGAGGUGCGGUUUAUUGCAAUUUCAUGCCAUGUCAAAUUAAUGUUGGAAUCCAAUUCUGCAGCAGUAUAGACAAGCUUUCUUCUCAUUCUAGUUUAAGUUGGUUAACAGGGAGUUGUUUUUAUGUUUUGAUGAUUGUACUCACUGAAACUUGGGAAUAAUAAUCAUCACUUGUGCCUGACUGGAAUUUUACUAUAAAUAAAUUCAAAAGGAAUAAAUAUUUAUAUUUAGGAAUUUUAUUUUGCAUAAAGAAAAUUAAUCCAAUUUUUCAGAGCAAUACGAUUUAUUGCAUUUAUUUUCAUGACAAAUAAAUUCAUUUUCA